GACUCCAACAACAGAUAAUGAUGAAGCAUUACGCUUUGUCAUCCAUGAUAUUCUUCAGAAAGUGACCGUGGGACAAAGUGCCGCUUCCCUGAAGCAAACAGAGACCAAAUCAAACAACUCUUCGAUGUAUUGCGGAAAAACCAAAAUCUUUAUGACCAAUUUCAUGCUAGAACAACUUGAAGCUAGAAGAGCAGCAGUACUAUCUGAGAAAGCAUUUUGCAUUCAGUGUUGCUGGAAAAGAUUUAAGCAGAGGAAGCUAUCAAAGCAGAGAUGGUCUGCUACCAUCAUCCAAGCUGCUAUUCGUUCCUGGUUAGCAAAGAAACAUUUUCAAAGAAUGCGCAGGGCUGCUACUGUUAUAAAGCAUGCCUGGAGGAAAUGGAAAGCAAGAAUGGAUGCGCUGGCAGCAGAGGAGCUGGAUUAUGCUGACGAAAAACUCCAUUCCCCUGUUCCGGGUGCUACCGUUUCCUUAGACGGGUCACCUAGUCCACUGGAAAAGACUUGGCCUCUAAGUGCAAUAAUCCAGUUCUGGCCUCUUGGACUAGUUCUAUCUACUGCACCUGUUACAGUGGUUGGGUUUCGAAGAGACCUGUCCCUUCUGGCAUGCUUGAAAAUACUUCAUCGGAACAAUGGUUACAAAGUGGAGAGCAAUUUGUUUGGCUGUGGCAUUACCUCCAUUAGAGCACUCCCACAGGGCUCUGUCAAGUUUCAUUGCAAGAAGUCUCCACUGCCUCACGCAAACAUCAGUCCACGUAACCAAGCCUGUAUGAUUGCUGGAUUCAACCAAAUCUUACUAGAUAGGAAAAAACUGCUCACUACAUAAUGUGGACUUUUGGCCACCUUAAAUAUUUAUUGCACUUUUUCCUUCAAGGAAGGACUUCUUUCAAUUGCUGCUUCUAAAUGUUUUAAUCUCUCUACAAUAUUCCUGCAUGAGACCGAUCAAUUUAAAAAUAUCUGCUGCUACCCUGGAGUCUUGAUUUCCUCCCCCCCGUAGUCACAUAAGUAAGUAUAAGGUUACAGAUAUAUUGGUCAGUAGCACAGAUUUCUUUCUUUUUCCUACAGGUAAUAGAGGAAGUAUUAAUACCAAGAAAACACUACAGUAGGACUACAAACAGAAUCACAACAACCUUUAAUAGAACUAAAAUUUUGGGGGAAAUAAUUGAACAAAUAGCUUUAUGAUCUAAUGUAAAAUAUCCUUUCCACACUCCACUGCAUAGGGAAAAGUAAGAGGUCAACAGUGAGUUUUUCAAGAAAUCUGAACACUACUAGGUGUCAUCCAGUCUGUCAUCCCCCCUCUCCCCCCAGGAGGCAAACAUACAGCCAUUUAUCUCUAAGAGCACUAAAAUUCAGCAGGUUGCUAAUGCUUAUGAAUAAAAUGCAAUUGGUGGAGCUUAGUGCUGGACACAAUUGUCUCCGGAAAAGUGGGAUCAUCAGCUGGUCAAAUAUAUUGAGCCCAGUCUUAAAAAAAAAUUAACAUGCUGCUUUUAAGCAGUUAGAUUGUAUUGGUCCAAACUCAAAUAAAAGUAUAUAACGAGUUUCACCCUCCUGGUGCUGCUGAGGGCCAGAGCCCUUCACUGUUGCAUCCAUCCCCAGCAUUAAGCUCACAGAUUUGUGUAGGCGCAGAAGUGUUUCUUAGCAUGGGAACCUUUAGAGCGCAAGAGAGCUCAAAACGACUUUUCCCUCUUACUUGACCUAAGGCACGGAAAUAUAUGUUUUGUUAAUCUUCUCUACCUAGCAUUUUAAUAAAUGACUUGUGCAGCUCUCUGGA